GUAUGAUGCAUUCAUUAGCCUUAGCGUCUAUAUAAAGAACUUGAUACGUCAAAUCAUUUCAUUAUAUAUGAAACUGUCAGAUGUGUAAUUAGAAGAGAAGUAUUUAUUGUAUGUAUGUACUAGUUUCUCACUGAUCAUAUUUCACUGUGCUGGAAUAAUUGAUAACGUACGCAGAAACGUAUCGAACCUAAUUUUCGCUUUCGACCACUAAGGUUUAUACGAAUUGUAGUUGAAUGCGUAGUAAUAAUUAUUUAGAAUGUUUAACAAUACAAGUGCAACGUUAAUGCUUCAGACGAUUAUGAUAUUGAUGGAUAAACAGAAUGCAACGGAUGUAACCAGGUUUCCGAGUACAUUUAGCGAGGAUGCCGAGCUGGAACGAUGUUAUGGUAAUUACGGGUGCUUCUCAAAAGCAUACCCUUGGACAGAGAAUCGGCCGGACAACUAUUUCCCCGCAACCCCCGAAAAUAUGGGCGUCCGAUAUUUUGUAUUUACAAGAAGAAAUCGAAAGAUUCCGGUGCUGUUGCUUGCUGAUGAUGUGGACAGAAUACAGAAUGCUAAUAUUGACCCCAGUGGGCCGUUUUAUAUUAUAUCGCAUGGAUUUAUAGAAGGUGGUCAUAAACUCUGGAUUGAAAAUAUGGCGAAUGCUCUUCUCAACUUGGAAGGCAACGAUGCCGCGACUGUGAUAGUAUUGGAUUGGCGAGGAGGUGCUCAGCCACCCUAUGGGCAAGCGGUAGCCAAUAUCAGAUUAGUUGGGGUCAUGACGGCGCAUCUUAUUCAUAAUAUUUAUGAGAUUCUUGGUUUGUCGAGUUUGGACAAUUUCCAUUAUAUCGGACAUUCAUUGGGUGCUCAUCUCGGCGGUUAUUGUGGUCAUGCUUUGCAAAAGAAAUUCAACUUAAAAUUAGGAAGAAUUACAGGGUUAGACCCCGCGGCACCUUACUUUAGCAAAACCGUUACGUUGGUACGCUUGGAUAGAUCGGAUGCAAAAUACGUGGAUAUUAUACAUAGCAACGCGAUGCCCCUAUAUCUCUCAGGUUUUGGUAUUAGUGAGCCAAUCGGACACGUGGACUUCUACCCUAACGGCGGUUCUACACAGCCUAACUGCAAAUCUGGCAAAUCGCAACAGAGUGACGGUGACGAUAUGUACCGUAACGUAGUUGGGUACGUCUCUUGCAACCACGAGAGAAGCCACGCGUAUUUCACGGAGAGCAUCUCGCCAUCUUGCCCAUUUUUGGGUAUACAAUGCGAUUCUUACGAAUCUUUCCUUGAUGGAAAUUGCACUAGCUGUGAUAAUAAGCAUUACUGUAUACCAAUGGGAUAUCACUCGUACAACGUGUACAAACGAUUACAAGCCGGCGGUCUCGCCAACUCUAAUUCUAAUAUAGCAUUGUAUUUAAUGACUGGAGGCACAAAACCAUUUUGCAGAGUCCACUAUAAAGUCACCUUAAAAGUGUCAAACUCGAAUGAGAGCAACACCCAUGGGCCUGAAUCAGGAAAAUUAUCAAUAACACUCAUCGAUAGAAAUAACAACAAAAGUGAUCACAUAUUUUUAGAUGAUGAACAGAAAUAUUAUAAGCCGGGGGAUAUAGAAACCCGUAUGGUUGCGGUAAAAGAUACAGGGCACCCACCACUCUCUGUCAUUGUUGAGUGGAAGUAUGAAACUAACCUAUUCAAUCCCAUGACAUGGAGGUUGCUGAAGUCACCCAGUAUUUAUAUAGAGUACUUGAAGCUUUCUUCCAUAGAAUACAAUACAGACAUUACUGUUUGUCCUAAAAUGAACAAACCUGUCGUAGCAAAAUUACCGACGAUAAUGAAGACAAAGUAUUGCAAAUUUUGAAAAUAAAAUAAGAUUUAUAUUACAAACAUAGAACGAGAAAUUCUUUGGCUAUGUACUUUCGGACAAUGCACUUAAUACAAUGCAUACUUACAAAAAGUAUUCUAAUAGUAUUUUAAUGUCGUUCUAGAUAUGAGUAUUAUGUUAAAUGGUAUGAUAUGUAAUUAUACUGUAUGCAUAAUAUUAGUAAUUGGUUAUUAACCAAAUGUAAUUCUAAGUUUAGAAAGUAGGUACUUAUAAUUUUAAUUUUUAUUAUACAUUUAUAAAGUUAUUAUUUUGUUGUCUUGUUUUAUGAAUAAAAUAAUUUCUAUUUAAUUA